AUGUCAUUAGCAAGCAUCAACCUCAACUGCGGCAUCGCCCUCGUCACCGGAGGUAAAAACGCCUCACCUAUCAUGAUCGACACAGCCCUCGCGACCUUCGACCGCAUCGACUACUGCGUGCACUCGGCAGGCAUAGCAAGCCACUCGCGCAACAAGACCGAGACCCUCGACAUCGACACCUUCGACGCAACGAUGGCGACAAACAAGUGCGGCACAAUGCUGGUCCUGCGCGCCGUCCCGCACGUACAUACACCAGCGUCCGAAGCAAGACGACCCGUAGUCUAG